CACGUGACAGGUGGAUGACAGCAUGGCUGCCCGCGGAGAUGAACGGAACGUGUCAGGCAGGCAGGACUCGAUCCUGGAGCCGCUGUCUUUCCCGGAGCGGCCGGGUCACCGCCUGUCUCCGGAGCCCGAUGUCAUCGUGCCCUGCGUCCUGUGCAGCGAGACCGCCCCUCUGCCCGAAAAGGAGGCCCUCCUCAGGCACCUGGUGCUGCAGCACAAGCUGGUCAUCGCUGAUGUCAAACUGAUCGCCGAUUUCCAGAGGUAUGUCUUGUACUGGAAGAAGAGAUUCACAGAGCAGCCAAUCACCGAUUUCUGCAGCGUGAUCAAGACAAAUUCAGAGGGCCCUGUUGAGAAGCAGGAGCACUACUUCCUCCUGUGUGACGCUCUGCCCGAGGACAGGGUGCUGAGAGAGCAGCUACAGCAGAGGCGGCUGGAGGAGAUCCUGGAGCAGCAGCAGCAGGAGCGGGAUGACCACAGCUUCCAGCGCACCUGCCUCUUCUGCUGCGAGGAGUUCACCGGAAACAGGUCACUGCUGCUGAACCACAUGGCGAAAGAGCACUCCUUCAACGUGGGGCUGCCAGACAACAUCGUGUACUGCGCGGAGUUCCUGAACACCCUGCAGGCAAAGCUGGAUAAUCUGCAGUGCCUGUACUGUGAGAAGACCUUCAGGGACAAGACCACCCUAAAAGAUCACAUGAGGAAAAAACAACAUCGCAGGAUCAAUGCUAAGAAUCACGAGUAUGACAGAUUCUACGUCAUCAAUUACCUGGAACUGGGAAAGACGUGGGAAGAGGUUCAGUCGGAGGACGAUCGUGACAUGGGAGAAGACCAGGAUGACGAUUGGUCUGACUGGCAGGCCCACCCUGUGCAUGCCGUCUGUCUCUUCUGUGAGCACCAAUCAGAAACCAUGGACAAGAUUUAUGCCCACAUGCAGGAAACCCAUGGAUUUGACUUUCACAAGUUAAAGGCAGAACUCGACCUCAAGUUUUACCAGCAGGUUAAACUAGUGAACUACAUCAGGAGGGAGAUCCACCAGGGCCGUUGCUAUGGCUGCCAGAUGAAGUUCGGCUCCAAAGCUGAAGUGCUGGCUCACCUGACGGGAUCGGAGCACAUGAUGGUGCUGCCGGAGAAGUCUGACUGGGACCAGCCACAGUACUACUUUCCCACCUAUGAGAACGACGCGCUCCUGUGCGCUCUGUCCGACAGCGAGAGCGACUCGGAGUCAGCUGACCGCGGCAGGGACGUCCCUGUGAUCGCCGAGGACAUCUCAGAGCUGCGCAUGCUGAAGCAGACCAGCGUGCUCAAGCAUCUCCUGCGAGACGGCAGCAGCUGCAGCUAACGCUCGCUCUGCAUGCAUGCAGGCUGCAACGGGGCACAGUGCAGAACCCGGGGGACUGUGGCACUUGGGGAACCCUGGUACUGAGGGAACCCUGGCACUUAUGGAAUUGAGGCACUCGUGGGGUAAAUGGUACACUUUGGUGGCACACUCUGUCAGUCACAGGCAAGAGACAUUGAAAAGUGAAGCAGAAAGACAGGAGCGCUGGUCAUGAAUGUUGAUGCGAAAGCCAAGAAUGGAGAAAGCCGUACAUCUGAGGGAAGGAAUCCGUGACAGAUACGUGUGUGGAAUAAAGCAUGCAGACCCAUGUGUGAUCUGUAUGUAUGCAAGCCUGCUGGGGUGAUGUAGCCUGAGGCAAAGCUAGGGGCUGUUGCCACCUCCACAGGAAUGUAUAUUGUAUCCUGAGGGUACACACAGCUUUAAGGGCCUUAAUCUGCAGAUGCCAUAGCUGCCAACCACAAAUGCAUAUCAAAACUCAAAUAAACAUUUUCAAACGACUUAGAGAAUACACACACACACACAAACAUUGUCUCCAACUGUCGUUUGUGAUGAUUUGAGUGUGUCUACCAUGUUCUGUAAGAUUAAUAUUCUGACUGUAUGACUGUAUUUUUAACCUAAACCUGCCAUGUU